AUGAACACGCAAACCACCACGACCCCGUCCACUGCUACUGCUGCAGCCAACAUGGUGUUUCAACGCUGGAACACCGCAAAGGCAGAUCCGAUGAAUGCAGCACAGAACAAUCCUGCAGUACUGCGUACUCCAAACGCACCAUCCGCUGGCAAGGGUGUGGGUACUCAAGUCGUCCCACGCAUGGAGCUCCUUCUGCCAGGAGAACCCUGCUCGAUUGAUAUGGAGUUCAUCAACUUCCAGGUCCCCGGCGUUGUUCACCCAAUGGACCACAAUGACGAGUCAAAGCGCAACAAGCCAAAGUGGGAACACCGCCCAGCAUGGAUAGCCAUCACGAAUACUAGAGGCGAAGUCGUCCUUGACAUCUUCGUCAAGUAUCCUUACGUAGAGGGUGUCCGAACGAUAAUCCCGCGUGCCGAAGGCAAAGAUUUUGGUAUCACUCAGGAGCGCCUUGAUCACGCGAAUGGUGCUGUGCCUGGCUGGAAAGCAGAGCAAUGGUGCACUCGCAUUUUGAGAAACCGUCCUGUGGUCGUCCAUGGUGGCGGCAGCGACCUGACAGCUUUUCAGCUGUCUCGUCCGUUCCGUGGCGCCACCCACGUCUACGAUACCCAGGACGAGUAUGCGUAUGAAGUGGACAACAUCGAAUCUCCUGGCUUGUGGCGGCUCACAGGAAAAUUCCUGAACAGGAUCAUUCAAGCGGAUGGCAAGCACUCUCCUGUGGAGGAUGCUAUCGCGACGAUGGAACUACACAUUCUCAAGCACCCAUACGAUCGUGAUGAAGCUGCACAGAAGUGGAAGGCUGUAUGGGCACCCCCUCAACGGCACCACUCUGGAGGCUAUGCUCGCGGCCGGGGCAACCAUGGUGGCGGUCUCUCGCGUGGUGGUGCAGCUGGGGGUCGAGGAGGCUUUGCCAGUGCUCGUGGCAACCAGACUGGUGGCAGAGGCUCACGAGGCAACGGGGCUAUGAGAGGUUCAGCGACUCCUCGUGGCGGUCUGAACAUCGGUCGGGGCAAUCGCCAGCAUCAAGUCAAUGGGAAUGGCAACGCCCAGACUCCUAACGCAGUGGCGCGGCCUGCUGUCAAUGACCAGUGGUAG